ACAUUGAAAUAUUUGCCGUAUAUCGUCCACUUAGUAAGGGUGGAUACAAAUCAUUCCCUUAUCCACUUUCCCUCCCACAUAACAAAAGAAACCAAAACCUUAAUGUAUCCAUCUAAGCUUCACUAUUCAAUUACUUUUUCUUACUCAAAACAAUGGCUGAAGCUGUAAUGUCAUUCUCCAUUAUCAAACCACCUAUUCAUACCUCUGCUCAUGUCCAAACUACUAAGUUAGACCUCAACUCAAGUUCUAGAUCGCUUAGGCAGUGUUCAAGCUCUGGAUUGUUUCGGUCAAACCAGAUUGAAGAAAGAAAGGGCAAAAGAGGCUGUUUAAGCAAAACAAACGCUUUCCCAGACUGGCCUUUAAUGGCAGUACUAGUGGAACAUGCUGAAGGCCAAAGAGACUAUAUCAUUAACAAAUCUGUUUGGCAUCUCAGUGACAAUGCCAUAAAGAAUGUCUAUAUUGGUUACAUGUUGUUCACUGGUUGGGGAUGUUUAGUUUUUGGUUCCAUGAAAGAUCCUUUCUAUGACUCGGAAAGCUAUAGAGGAGAUGGAGGAGAUGGAACUGGACAUUGGAUCUAUGACAAGCAAGAAGACAUAGAAGAAACUGCGAGAUCAGAAUUGUGGAGGGAGGAACUCAUUGAGGAAAUUGAGCUAAAGGUUGGAGGGCUACGAGAGUUGGAAGAGGCUGUCAAGAAGUAGUGUUACAUGGUUUUAAAAUACUCAUUCAUUUGAUUCCCAACUAAAUUGUGAACAUGUUACAGUGGUGUUUAUAUAUAUAUAUAUACUGUUCCAAGA